UACUGGGUAACCUACAGAGCGAAAGCGUUAGUAGCGUGGUUAGUGGUAAACCGAGGUGACGCGGUCGAUAUAGGUUAUAAAAUGACGGCUCGAUGUCACUGAUGCAUAAUAGUGGAUUCAUCGUUAGUAAAAAUCCGACAAGGAACUUGUGUUAUAAUGUAUGCGGAACGAUCAGUUGACAAUAUAGUGUCGAUCAAUUGUAUACUGAUAUGCUACGUCUCUAAAAAUAAGUAAUCAAUGGCGUCUACGUCGUCGCGCCCGCGUUUCGAAUUACAAAUCACGUCGCAGCAAGGAAUUUAAGAACCAAUGGCUGAUACUGAAAGACUUUAAUUUGACAUUUAUGAAAUUUUUAUAAAGUAAGGAGACAAAAUAAUGGAUUUGAAUUCAAACCUGCCAAUUCUUCACGGAUUGAAAACCCCUGUUGUCAAACUGGAGAGAUGCGACAAUAUAUGGAAGACACUACAGCUAAUACGAAGAAUGCAAGAUACACACCUUGAAGAUAUUCAGGAUUGGAUAAAGAGAGAACCUGUAACCCCUGAUGAAAUACUUUGCAACAAAACACCCAUGACAUUUAUACCUGAUAAAACCCUGUCAUUAAACCUUAUUGGUGAACCACAUUUACCAAAACCUUACAUUGAGUAUCAUCCAAUUCUCAAUAAUGGUAACAAGUCUUUGCCACAAUUUCAAUUAGCUGAAAAAAGUCGUGUUAAUUUAUACCACUGCGAAGUUUGCAGCAAAGAAUUCUGCAAUUACAAAAAUUUUUCAGACCAUCAAGAAGAAGUGCAUAAUAUUACGUUACCUAAGAAAGCCACAACAAAGAAAGAUAAAUUUUCAAAUAAUUUCAAUAAAACUGUUGCUUUAAAACAGAGAUCUGAUUCUGAGGACAGUAGUAACGACCAAUUGAACAAAAAAUUUAUAUCUGAUGAAAACAGCGACCUCCAAACUGUCGUCAAGAUUUUCCCACCAACAACUGGUAGCACUAAGUGUAAAUUGUGUAACAGAUCUUACAAAAAUAUUAGAAAACAUACAAUACAAUACCAUAAAGUUAAAUCUGUAGGUAUAUUGGACACCGUCUCUGACCAGAAUUCGAAUGAGCCAGUUGGGUCCAUUUUAGAACUUGAACGAUUGAAUUCUGUUACGCUGGAGAGUGGAUCGAAAACAGUGGAUGAAGCAAUACCUAUAUCACGACAGAAUAGAUAUUGUACCAAUCAAAAUAAUAGAAAUAUAUCUAAACGUAAACUAAAUAUGCCCAGUAACCAAGUACACAAAAAGAUGCGUAGCAUGAGCCCGCGUGAAGAACAACUUAAUUCAGAAAACCCAAAAAAUCUCUUGUCAUGUGAGAUUUGCGGUAGGAAGAACCUACAUAAUAUAGGUCUCUGUAAACACAAGGAUAAGCACAAAAUCAGUAAUGAAAUUGAACUUCAAUCCAAUAUAAGGCAAACCCACAAGUCAAUUGACUUCGAACCAAGAUGCAAACUAAAUUCAGAAACUUCAGCAACUACCGUUACAGUACAAGAUGACGAUAGUAAUGCUAAGCAAAACAUUCCAAGGACAAGAUCAAGUAUCAUCAAAGAACGUAGUGCUUUUAUUGAAAUGGUGCAAAAUCCAAUUGUUGCAACACUUGAACAAGAUGCUGAAAGAUAUUCAGAAAAACAAUGUUUGUGCGGUAGAUCUUUCCGUAACGCAUAUAUUCUUUUCACUCACAAAUCUACCUGCAAGUUCUUAAACAGUCCUAAUAGUGUUAAACCUUUGGAAACACGAUCAGCAAGCGACAGGGACUCAGGUAUCAGCAUAACAAUUAAGAAAAAGAAUAAUUCUUAUGAAAUAGUUAGCAAAGAAGGUAGUGAUGAAGUGUUAUUCAGAAAUAAUCAUGAUGCUGCAGAAUUUGAAAUAUGUGAUGAGACCUCAGAUUCAUCAUCAAACAGUUCAGACAGUAGUGAAUUUGACGAUCCAAUUGAAAGCCUUGUUCCAGAAAAUUCGAAGUACAGUGAAAACCAUUGUAUCAUCAAGUUGAAAGUGGUUGAAGAAGACAUGGAUGUCGAAAUUGAGGAUUUGUGUGAUGCAGAUCGUAGUAGUACAGUAAUAGAAAAUGGUACAAGUAAGAUUUUUGGCCAGAAUAAACGACAAGUUCUGUCACUGAGAGAUUUGUGCAAAGAGUUCCUGUUUCAAAAAGGUGUAAUGCCCAAAGGCGCGACAACUCACAAGUGUCAAAAUUGCAAAAUAUUCCUUGGUAGUAGAGAAAAGUUGUCAAAGCACAUUGAAAAGCAUAAAAAAAUGGUGAAGAGGUCGUGUACGUGUGGUAUUAAAUUUUCUGGUAUAAAAGCAUUGGACGCUCAUAUAGCAUCGGUGCAUCCAAAGUGUAUUGAGUGUCCAUAUUGUAAGGAAAAGUUGAAUAGUAUUGCUGCUGUAGAUGAUCACGUUUGCAUAAUUGACCAGGGAGAACCAUACACAGAAGAUUUUAACGAAAAUCAUCCUUGCCCCAACUGUAAUAUUGUUUUCAAUAAUGUGACAUGGUUGGACAGCCAUAUGAGAUCCAAACACUUGGACCCAAAUUUUCCAUUCCAGUGCUAUCAAUGCCUAGAGAAAUUUCCUAACGAAAUGGCGAGGAGUAUACAUGCGCACAAGAAACACAAUCGCGGGAUGGCAUGCUCAAUUUGCAACGAAAAGAUUCAGAGUCAUAGAACGAAACAAAAACACGAAGCCUAUCAUCGUGGAGUUGGAUUUCCAUGUCAUACAUGUAAGAAAACGUAUCGCUCAAAAGCGAAUCAAUUGAAUCAUCUUCGAACUGUUCACAGUGACUUUAGUAACAAUAAAUUGCAGUGCUCUAUUUGUCAAAAAAGCAUAAAAACAAAAUCGUUUAGAAAGCAUAUGCUCAGGCACAGUAGUGUAUUACAAUGCGAGUUGUGUGACAAGGUAUUCUAUGACUAUAGAACCUUAGAAAGACAUAUUAUGGACCGUCACAGUAACGAAAAUUAUCCACGUAAAAAGUGUAAUGUAUGCGGUGUGUCAUUUCCAACUGAAGAACAGUUGGAGGCACAUGUUACGGUUGAAAAAUCUGUGAAAACUAAUCAUCACAAGAACAUGUAACGUAAACUUGUCUGUAAGGUAUUCUAGCUGGAAACUAUUUCCAAUAUACUUGUAUGGAACAAUCCAUGUAUGUUACUGAUCACAAUAGUAUAAGUUCCUAUGACCCGGUGUAUUAGGCAUUCAGAGAGACUGAGAUAUUAUAUAGAUAAUUUAGGUACAAUGUUGAAUUCUUGUCAAUUCUUCCACUGAACAAAAUUACUUUUACUUAAUGAAAUAAAUUAUUGCGUUUCAA